CAUUGCAGAAACCAAAUCUGUCCAGUCAGCUCCCCUGUGCUUGUAUAAAAAGGCGAAGAUUCAUCCUGACGUCUCUCCACAAACUGAGAGAAGGGGACACUGUGGUGACAAUGGCAUCUGCGUUCCUACUGACCUUGUGCCUUGGCAUGCUGGCUGUGAGCCUUGCUGCCCCGACAAAUGACAUCCGCUGGUGUGUGAAGUCUGAGCAAGAACUGAAAAAAUGCAAAGAUUUAAGCCAAACCUGUACUAGUGACAAGACUCUGACCUGUGUCCAUAAAGCCACCACCGAUGACUGCUUCAAGGCCAUUGCUGACGGAUUAGCAGAUGCAAUCACCUUGGAUAGUGGAGAUAUUUACAGGGCUGCUCGGAAUCCAUAUAACCUGAAGCCGAUCCUGUCAGAAGACUAUGGCACUGAGAAAGACCCGGAUACAUGCUAUUAUGCAGUGGCUCUUGUGAAGGAAUCAAGUACUUUUAUGUUUGAUGAUCUGAAGGGUAAGAAAUCUUGCCACACUGGUGUUGGAAGAACAGCAGGCUGGUACAUUCCAGUUGGAGUUCUGAUUAAGAAAGGAAAAAUUACGCGGGAAGAAGAUCAACCUAUCGAGAAAGCUGUUGCAAACUUCUUCACAGCCAGUUGCGCCCCAGGUGCCAAAGAAGAAAAACUGUGCAAGCAGUGUGCAGGAAAGGGAAAGGAUAAGAAGUGUAAGCAAUCUGAAAUUGAGUUAUAUUUUGGAUAUGAUGGUGCCCGCAGAUGUUUGAAAGAUGACAAAGGAGAUGUGGCUUUUGUGAAACACAUCUUACCAGAGGAAUUUCACAAGGGUUACGAGCUGCUGUGUCUGGACAAUACAAGGAAACCAAUCAGUGAAUAUGAGAAAUGUCAUUGGGGAAGAGUUCCAUCUCAUGCGGUGGUGUCUGUUCAAGAUGAAGAAAAGAUUAAAUCUAUCACUGAAUUUCUUCUGCAGGCUAAGAGCAAACCAGGCUGCAAAUUGUUUGGUUCCCCUCAUGGGAAAGAUCUAAUGUUCAAAGAUUCUGCAAAGGACCUCAUCCCGCUCCCAAAUAAACUUGAUGCCUUCUUGUACUUGGGAAAAGAAUUCACUGAUGACUUUAAAGCACAGGACACAGAUAUUGGAGAGUUGGAAUUACUAUCCGAUGAAAAGAUCCGAUGGUGCACACAAGGCAAAGAGGAGAAGUCAAAAUGUGACACCUGGACUAUUGCAAGUAAAGGGGCCAUCGAGUGUGUGGAGGCUUCCAGUGCAGAAGAAUGUAUUGUAAAGAUUCUGAAAGGUGAAGCUGAUGCAGCCACAUUUGAUGGGGGAUACUUGCAUACAGCAGGGGCAUGUGGACUUGUUCCAGCAAUGACAGAGAUCUAUGACGCUAGUGAAUGCAAAGGAACAGGAACAACAACAGGCUCAUAUUAUGCUGUUGCCAUUGUAAAGGCAGAGAACCAGGACAUCUCAUGGAAUAAUCUUAGAGGCAAAAAAUCAUGCCACACAGCCGUUGGACGCACUGCUGGAUGGAAUAUCCCUAUUGGUCUCAUUCAUAAGGAAACUGGCGUUUGUGAUAUGUCAACUUACUUUUCUGCGAGCUGUGCCCCUGGUUCUGAUCCUAAAUCUAAUCUCUGCAAACUGUGCGCUGGCGACCCAUCAAAAUCACUGGAUGACUCAAAGUGUUCAGCAAAUACUAGGGAACUGUUGUAUGGCUAUCAUGGAGCAAUAAGGUGCCUACUUGAGGCAGAUGCAGAUGUUGCUUUUGUGAAGCAAUCGACAAUCUUUGAGAUCAUUAAUGAUAAUCCUUCAUGGCUGAAGAAUAAGAAACUGGAUGAUUUCCGUCUUCUGUGCAGAGAUGGCACUAAGAAACCCGUGUCUGAAUAUAAAACUUGUCAUCUUGCUGAGGUACCAGCUCAUGCUGUUGCUACUUUAUCAGAAAGAAAGGAGGCGGUUGUAAGCAUUCUUGAAGCUCAGCAGCUUCAAUUUGGAAAGAAAACAGACGGCUCCUCACAGAUGUUUAAAAUGUUUUCCUCUGACGGACGCAGAGAUCAGCUCUUCAAGGAUUCCACAGAAUGUCUACGUGAAAUUAAAGGAAGUAUGCCUGAAUUCCUUGGAAAGGACUACGCAGACGCUGUGGAUUCUCUAAACAAUUGUUCCAAAUCAGAACUGUUGAAAGCCUGCACCUUCCACACCUGCAAGAUUUUGAAGGUCUAGUCUUUGUGAAGGAUUGUCACCUAUAUAUCUCCCCAGUUAUCUCCUUGUUCUUCUCCAUGAAAACGAUUGUUCUACAGUCACACACUUGUCUCAUGCCCUUCUAUUUUAAUAAAUAGAUUGAGAUUUUCUUUUACAGAA